AUAUCAAGAUUUACAAUGCAAUAUUAACCUCCUGUUCCAUGCUAUUACAAUUGCUCGUUAUUCACUGCUCCUGGUUAUAAAUAGCAUAUGUGAUGAUAAGUGGGCAUUAUGAAAUAACGUUCCCAUCCAAUGGCCCUGAAAGUUGAAGUCUAUCAGAAAGAGAAAGUGAGGCCAAGUUCGCCAACUCCCCAGACCUUGAGAAACUACAAGCUUUCUCUCCUUGAUAUAUUAGUCGCCACUUUUUAUACCACCAUUGUUUUCUUCUACGACUCCCUCGGCGGCGGCCACGAUUAUGAUGAGCUCAAGGACUCGCUCAUGAAGACACUGUCCAUCUUGUACCCGCUCGCCGGAAGAAUGAAAGAUGGAUCGACGACCAUCGAAUGCAACGACGAGGGUGCGGAUUUUGUCCGAGCUAAUGUUACAAAUUGUGAUUUGGGUGAGUUUCUCCGGCACCCCAAACUCGAAGAUAUAAGCCAGCUGCUCCCACUUGAUCCCAACCCAAAUGCUAUUGACCCCUCUCAGCCUAUGUUAGCUGUUCAGCUCAACAGGUUCCGGUGCGGCGGAACAGCGGUGGCGUUCUGCGUUUGGCACGGCCUGGCGGACGCCGGGGCGAUGGUCGGAUUAUUUAACACUUUGGCGGCAAUCAACCGCGGGGAAGGACCCAUUAAUCCCGGCGGUCUCGUCGUGGACGCCUCCGCAAUUUUCAGGCCCGGGAACCUCGUCAGGUCCCCGCUAAUGCCCUUUUCCCUCAAGAACCGGGGAAACUACUCGAAAAGAUUUGUUUUUGGCAAGCAGGAUAUCGAGCGGCUCAGGAACGAUUAUUAUCACCCAUCGGAGCACCGCCACCGUCCGUCUAGGGUGAAGGCGUUGUCGGCGUUCAUAUGGGCUGCGGUGAUACGAGCAAUUCUACCGGCGAACCCAAACCUGAAGACGCAUUUGCUGACAAAUGUGGUGAAUUUGCGAAAGAAGUUGAACCCGCCACUCCCUUCGCAGUGCCUAGGCAACAUCAGCCAAGCGGUGGCCGCUCGGUGGGAAUCGGAAGCCGACGGGGAUGGAAGCGUUACUCCCGGAUUUCUUGUAGGAAGAGUCGCGGAAGCCAUCAACAAGGUCACCGAGGACUACGUGAGGGAAAUGCAUGUGGAAGUUUACGUGGAGGAUAGAGAAAGGCCGGUUUAGGCGGGAGCAUAUGAAUAACAUUUGGUUUAUGGAUCUAGGAAGGGGAAGGCAAGGCAUGCAUAUGCCACAUGUAUCAUAUUGUUUCAUCACUUUAUUAGAGUAUCACUUCUUAUCAU